ACUAUACUUCACUGAUUAGUUGUAAUUCGUGUGAAGAAAAGGUGGAGAGAAGACGCUUGUGGCGCCAUCACAAUAGGUGCCCUCCUCUCUCAACCUGUCUUAUCACAAGCUCCCAGACACCGCAGCCUUUUAAAGUCUUGAAACUAAAGCACUUAAAUCUAAUUCUGCGGAACAGCAAAUCGUUUUGGAAUAUCACCCAGAUAGAGCAGGACUGAAGUAUUUGACGGAGGCAAAACUCUUCCUAUGGCAAAUGACACAGAGAAUGACCCAUGCCACAGCAAUCUGCACAUUGACAAGGGGAACCCGCGCAUCAGCGCGAUCAUGUUCUCCGCCGGAGUGAUAGGGAACUUGGCCGCUUUGAUCCUUUUGGAGAUCCGCCGCAGGAAGUACCAGAGCCGGCAGCGACUGUCGCUCUUUCACGUUCUGGUCACCACGCUGGUCGUCACGGACCUGAUGGGCACCUGUCUGGUCAGCCCUUUCGUCCUGGCUGCCUAUUCCUUAAACACCACCAUUAUUGCUAUGAUUAACACUGAACCUCCUGCAAUGUGUGAGUAUUUUGGAUUCUGUAUGACUUUUUUCAGCUUGGCCACUUUAUUUCUCCUCUUCGCCAUGGCGCUCGAGCGAUGCCUCUCAAUUGGCUACCCCUACUUCUACGGGCGGCACAUCACUAAACGUUGUGGAUACAUCACCAUUCCUUUCAUCUAUUUAGUUUGCGCGGUGUUUUGCAUCAUGCCCUUUUUGGGUUUCGGGGACUACGUGCAGUAUUGCCCGGGGACGUGGUGCUUCAUUGACAUGAAUCCGUUAAUGCCCGAAGACCGUGUUUACCCAGUCCUGUACGCAACUGUUAUGCUCAUUUUAGUCCUUUCUGUAGCGGCUUGUAACGCCUUUGUCGUUUAUCACCUGGUUUUGAUGUACCGGAGGCGCAAACUAAACGGGGGAUCCGUGACAACUCGGAGUAAGAAGGACCGGAGAGUCCUCUCCAUGUCCAAAGAGGUCGAGCAUCUCAUCGUACUGGUGUUCAUGACGGUGAUAUUCAUGAUUUGCUCCCUUCCUCUGGUGAUCCGUGUGUACAUAAACUCCGUGGGCCAGCGGAAAGAGAGCCACAAGACGGACCUCAUCGCCCUCCUCUUUCUCUCCACCAACUCCAUCGUGGACCCCUGGGUGUUCAUCUUCCUCAGCCCGUCAGUGCUGCGCUUCUUCUGGGGAGCGUUGUGCAAGGUGCCCCUCCUGCGCUCCAGGUAGUCCUUCUUCAAGUCUUCCCUGGGGAAGGACACGCCCACCCAGCUGGAGCUGUGCCAUCCCAGUGCUUCCUCUGAGUUCACCCACCCCCCCAUGUCCACGCAGAUGGUUUGACCCGCUGAUGUAUUGGACCUGAUUGGGGCCUUGUAAUUGCCUCCGAAGGGAGUAGCCACUCAGAAUAGAGCUGCUGCCCACAUGUCCCGGCCUGCCCAGUGGUCUGGUUCUAUGGCGGUGGGAGAGGUGUUGAGCUACUUAGGGGCAACAGCUGGACAAGCGGAGCAGCAACCUACACAUUCCUGCAAACGUAGGCUGCAGUGUUCUUGUUUUAGAACAAGCUCUGAGAGGCUCAAAUUGGAAGACUCCGGAGGCCAGCAGCAGACGGACAGUUGGACUCGAACUCUAAGGAGAGUGGGGUUACAUUACGGGUCAUGUUCUUAAAAGCACUACACGUUAUACGUUCUUACAGCAUGGACUCGCAAACCAGAGGCCACUACAAGGACAGCAACAUAGGAUUCACAACACUGAAGGGACUAAAUCAGAUAAGGACUGUAUUUUAUAUGAGUUGAUCAUGUUCCAGAGGCUUGCGUUGUUGGCGCCAUGCCCUUUUAGCAUGCCCCGGGACUCCCAGGGACGUUUCUUUGUAUUGAGAUGUUCCUUCCACUAUCAUAUGACAUCCUUGUGGUUUGGGGAAUUGCGUAUCAUGAAUCGAACAUUCAGAGACUUCAUCCAUGUGAUGCAAGCUGGAUUCACACACACACUAUCCCUGCUCCCUGCAGCUAUGAUCUGUUCACCUUUCCUCCCACUGGGUGCUCACCUCGAAAAGCCAAAGGGCAAGAGCUCGAGAAUGACAUUUAUUUUUGACACACUGAUUUUUUAUCCUUCUUUUGUCACAUGGUUGAGUGGCACUAUGAACUUGGAACCAGAUGUUGGUUAUUUGAAGUUGGGUAGCAUGCAAAAUGUUUGUGGUGAUGGAAUCGUAAGAAGAUAAAGGAGGUGUCCUCUGUAUUCUUGAGGUUUCUUUGUGAUGAAAUGACAGCCUGAGUAUUUAUUAUGAUGUGUGUUCAGAUCUCAUUGAUGUAUUAAUGCACCCGAAGCUGACAAGGAGCUUAUGAUGUUCAGUGUGCAGUACUAAAUCUGUCGUUCCCGUGUGCACGUGUGUGUGUCAGUGUCAAAGAGAUGGCACCGAAAAUACAUGAUGUUUACAGGGAAUCCUACCAUGUACCUAUUAUACCUAUUGUUCAUGUAUUCGCCUUAAUCAGUACUGCGGAAGAUCCUGAUUGAGACUGACAGACGUGUAUUAAUGUGCCAGCGCGUGUGUGUGCGCCAGUGGGUGUGUGUAUGUUUGUGCAUUUGUGUGUAUGCGUGUGUUAACACUUCUGUAAAUAUGCUCCUGACUCAUCCAUCCGUCAGCCUUUAUCCGCCCAACCCUUUCUGGAACCCCACCUCCUGUCAUAGGCCCACGUCAGGGAUGGCAUCCAGAUGUGUGUUUUAACAAAGUUAGACUCUUAACCACCCCUUUAAAAAGUUAUUACUCUUCCAUAAUCAAAACAAACUGAGGGAUCUGACGAGCUCCACCAAUAGAACUUGCACAAGCAAAUCAGAUGCUCAUGUGGCCUUUGGGAGACAACAUUAGAUUAACAACAUGCAGAGCCUUGAAUUGGAUCACUAGUCACGAAUACUAACGAAAUAAACAGAAUAAUGACAUCAUAAUUAUAUGGAGUUAAUUACAUUGCAGCUGGCUCCCCGGGAACAGGCAUACGAUUUUGAUUACAAAUGUGAUUAAUUUGGUUUAUUCUCUGGAUUGAUUAAUAAAGCCGAUUAGUCAUGUCAUUUGCAUGUCCUGGGUCGUGUUCAUUAGGCACAGAACAAAAUAUAAAUGGACCGAAACGGAGGAACUAGCUGAACUUUUCCAAUAAGAAAAGCUCAAUUUCUGUUUUAGCUGGCAUAGCUAAGGUCUGUUAUGGUAAGGCGGCUUAAGGUCCCCUGCCUCGUGGUGGGAGAAUGUUGAAUGGAUUUAUAUUCUCAAGCUCCUGCAAAGGGGAAUGGGAGACCAGAGGCACAAACCUCCUCUUCAUGAGUGCCUUCAGAAAGUACUCACACCCCUUAACUUUUUCUACAUUUUGUUGUGUUACAAAGUGAGAAUUAUUUGUUUUCAAUUGUCGUUUUUGGUCAACGAUCUACACAAAAUACUUUGCACACCUGGAUUGUACAAUAUUUGCCCAUUAUUAUUUUUUAAUUCAAGCUGUGUCAAAUAGUUCGUUGAUCAUUGCUAGAAAGCCAUUUUCAAGUCUUGCCAUAGAUUUUCAAGCUGAUUUAUGUCAAAACUGUAACUAGGCCACUCAGGAACAUUCAAUGUUGUCUUAGUCUUGUGUUUUAGGUUAUUGUCCUGCUGAAAGGUGAAUUAGUCUCCCAGUGUCUGUUGAAAAGAAGACUGAAUCAGGUUUUCCUCUAGAAUUUAGCCUGUGCUUAGCUGUAUUCCGUUUAUUUGUAUCCUAAAAAACUCCCUAGUCCUUUCUCCGUUGACAAGCAUACCCAUAACAUGGUACUCAGUGAUGUGUUGGAUUUGCCCCAAACAUAAUGCCUUGUAUUCAGGAUAAAAAAGUACA